GUCAACACUCACCCAUUACCCAUCUCUCUCUCUCUCUCUCUCCAUCUUCAGAUUCCCUCCUCCUCUCUAUAUAAACCCCCUCAAUACCUGCACCUCCACUCCGUCUCCCACCACCCAACCCAUAUUCUCUCUGUUUCCUCUCAUCAUUUCUUCCUCAUUGCCAUGGCUGGCCCACACCCACUGCUAGUACUGCUACUAAUAGUAGCAGCAGCCGUGGAAUCCGGUCGCGCCACCGCCACCCCGGCAGGUUGCGCCGCCCCGGCGGACAGCAGCUCCACCCUGCGCGUCCUCCACGCCUUCGGCCCCUGCUCCCCCUUCCACUCCACCUCCGCCUCCUGGGAAGACACUGUCCUCGACCUCCUCUCAAGCGACGACUCCCGCCUCCUCUACCUCACUUCCCUCAAGACCGCCCGCCGCUCGUUCGUCCCCAUCGCCCCCGGCCGUCAGCUCCUCCAGACACCCACCUACGUCGUCCGCGCCCGCCUCGGCUCCCCUCCCCAGCCCCUCCUCCUCGCCCUCGACACCAGCAGCGACGUCGCCUGGCUCCCCUGCUCCGGUUGCUCCGGCUGCCCCUCUUCCUCCGCCGCCCCGCCUUUUGAUACCUCUCGCUCCACCACCUACCGCCCCGUCCGCUGCGGCGCUCCGCCGUGCUCGCAGGUCCCCAACCCGUCCUGCCCCGCCGGCGCCACCGCCUGCGGCUUCAACCUCACCUACGGCUCCUCCUCCCUCCUCGCCGGACUCGCCCAGGACUCACUUUCCCUCGCUUCCGACGUCGUCCCCGGCUACACCUUUGGCUGCAUCCAGAAGGCCGCCGGCCCCUCCGUGCCCCCGCACGGCCUCCUCGGCCUCGGCCGCGGCCCCCUCUCCUUCCUCUCUCAAACCAAGAGCCUCUACGCCUCCACCUUCUCCUACUGCCUCCCCAGCUUCAAGUCCCUCAACUUCUCCGGCACUCUCCGCCUCGGCCCCGCCGGCCAGCCCAAGACUAUCAAAACCACUCAACUCCGCUCCAGCCCUCGCCGCUCUUCCCUCUACUUCGUCGACCUGGUCGGUAUCCGCGUCGGCCGCAAGGUGGUCGACAUCCCACCGGCGGCGAUCGCCUUCGACGCGGCCACCGGCGCGGGGACCAUCUUCGACUCGGGCACCAUGUUCACCCGCCUGGUGGCGCCGGCGUACGCGGCGCUGCGGGACGAGUUCCGGCGCCAGGUGCGGGGCGCCGGCAACGCGACGUCGCUCGGCGGCUUCGACACGUGCUACCAAGGAUCCAUCGCCGCCCCGGCGAUAACGUUUAUGUUCGCCGGGAUGAACAUGACGCUGCCGGCGGACAAUUACUUGAUUCAUAGCACAGCGGGUUCAUUGACCUGCUUGGCGAUGGCAGCCGCGCCGGACAACGUGAACUCGGUGCUCAACGUGAUCGCCAGCAUGCAGCAGAUGAACCACCGGGUGCUCUUCGACGCGGCCAGCGGCAGGCUGGGUGUCGCCCGUGAGCUCUGUACCGUUUAAAAAAUAUUGGGUUGGAUGGAUUAAUUCCUUCUGGGAAUGUGAUUUGGUUUCAAAUUUUUCACUACUACUGUUGGCCGCUACUACUCUUCUUCUAGUUUAGCGUAGCAUGGUGUGGUUGUGGAAUCCGCCUUGCCUGAAGGCAGGGCUGCUACUGUAUCAGCACGUCAAAGGUGCCGUCUUUUUUCUCCUUCAGCUGGUUUCAUGUGUUUGUCUUUUGGGAGGCAGGAGCGGGUCAGUCAAGGAAACGAUUCCAUGGCUUGUGAGAAUCACCAGUUACCGUUUCUCUGCUAACUGUUGGUUUCGCUGGGAUUUGUGUUA